UCGCCUCGCGCUCGCUGACACCCGCACAGGCUUACGCCCCCCUCUCCUGCUGCUCGCGACUGGCUGAGCGCUGGUCGGAGAUGCGCGCGCAGUGAGUCGGCUCGGUGACCGGGCGCAACUGCUAGUGUCGCCGAACCGGAGAGAGGAGGAGGAAACCACCGACACGGUUUAACAAUUUAGUUCUUAAACAAAAGAAUAUCAAGUGUUUCAAUGGUUGGAAAAAGAUAACGAUUUGGAAAGGUGUUGCUUGGGAAUCACAAGAUGAGCUCACUAAAGCCAAGUGGACUUAAAGCUCCUUCCAAAAUAGCGAAACCUGGGACAGUAGCUGUAACUGCUAAAUCAUCUGCUGUUACUGCAGCUGCACCUUUAAAACCAGUAGAAAAAUCGGACAGUGCACCAGUUUUAGAGACUCCAGAAGGGUUUGUGGAUGACUUUCGAGUUGGAGAGCAUGUGUGGGUUAAUGGUAAUAAACCUGGAUUCAUUCAGUUUCUUGGUGAGACUCAGUUUGCUCCAGGACAGUGGGCAGGAAUUGUUCUGGAUGAUGCAAUUGGCAAAAACGAUGGGGCUGUUGCUGGUGUCCGAUAUUUCCAGUGUGAGGCCUUAAGGGGAAUAUUUACAAGACCUUCAAAGUUGUCACGUAAACCAUUGGAGGAUGAGACCAAUGGUGCCCAAAAUACAUCAAGAGCUACCUCACCAACCUCUGUGUCUUCUUCAAAUGUUGUUUCUCCUGUGCCAUCUUCUGUAGCAACACCUCUGAAAAGUACUACAUCUUCUACUAAGGAACCUAGUACACCUGCCCCACUGAGCAACCUCUCACGGACAGCAAGUGAAUCAAUAUCAAAUCUUUCUGAGACUGGGUCAAUAAAGAAAGGGGAGCGAGAGCUCAAGUUGGGAGACAGAGUUUUGGUAAGUGGUUCAAAAGCUGGAGUGAUACGGUUUCUGGGGGAAACUGAUUUUGCCAAGGGAGAGUGGUGUGGAGUGGAGUUAGAUGAACCUUUGGGAAAGAAUGAUGGAGCAGUGGCUGGCACAAGGUAUUUUCAGUGCCAAUCAAAGUAUGGCUUGUUUGCACCUGUACAUAAAGUUACACGGAUUGGUUUUCCAUCAACUACUCCAGCAAAAUCUAAAACCACCGUAAGAAAAGUUCCUGCAACACCUGCCACACCAUCAUCUUUAAAGCGUAGUCCAAGUGCAUCUUCUAUAAGCUCCAUGAGUUCAAUUUCCUCUUCUGUGAGCAACAAACCAAGUCGCACUGGCUUGUUAACCGAAACAUCAUCCCGAUAUGCAAGAAAAAUUUCUGGAACUACCGCUCUUCAGGAAGCUCUGAAAGAGAAGCAACAACAUAUAGAGCAGCUUCUGGCUGAAAGGGACAUGGAGAGGGCUGAAGUUGCAAGGGCUACAAGUCAUGUAGGCGAGGUAGAACAAGAGUUAUCUGUGAUUAGAGAUGGCCAUGACCAGUAUGUAAUGGAAAUGGAGUCCAAGAUGGACCAGUUACGCGCUAUGGUUGAAGCAGCAGACAGAGAAAAAGUAGAACUUCUAAAUCAGUUGGAAGAAGAGAAGAGGAAAGUCGAAGAUCUCCAAUUCCGUGUUGAAGAAGAGUCUAUUACCAAGGGUGAUUUAGAGACGCAGACCAAACUGGAGCAUGCCCGCAUUAAGGAGCUUGAACAGAGCCUGCUCUUUGAAAAGACCAAAGCUGACAAACUUCAGAGAGAGUUAGAAGAUACUAGGGCCAAAACAAGGCCAGUUUCCUUAAAAGUGGCAACUGUCUCUGAAAAGUCUCGCAUCAUGGAACUAGAAAAGGAUUUGACUUUGAAAACUAAAGAAGUAGCAGAUCUGCAUCAAAAACUGGUAGAAUGUAGCAAGCAGUCUAGUGACGUAGACACAUCAAUUUCUCUUUUGCAAGAAAUAAGUACUUUACAAGAAACCAUUGCAGCACUAAACAAGAAACAUGAUCAAGAUAUUGAGUCUCUCAAAGGCAAGGUAGACCGUGCACACGAUCAUGACAGAGAGGUGGAGACGCUCAAAGCUCGUGUAGAAAAGCUAUCCAAAGAGAAUGAAACCUUGAAUGUAAAGCUCUGCCAUGCGGAAAAGGAGAAUGCAGAGGUAAUAGAACUUUGGAAGUCAAAAUUGGAUUCUGCCAUCAGUUCUCAUCAGCAAGCAAUCGAGGAGUUGACCCUUUCAUUCAGUAAAGGUGCACUGACAGAUAAUGCUGCAUUAAUUGACCUGAAGGCUCAGAUUGAAAAUCUCAAAUUAGAACAACAAAAAAAUACUGAACAGCUUAUAUCUAAGAAAGAGAUGGAUUUAGCUGAACGCCUGAAAGAAAUCGAAGCUUUAAAGGCGCAACUGAAAGCAUAUAAUGAAGAAAAAGAAAUAGAACUUGAAGCAGUUCAGUCUAAACUGGAAGCAGCCGAAGAGCAACACCUAAUUGAAAUGGAGGAUGCAUUAAAUAAAUUGCAUGACACUGAAAUUAAGGUAAAAGAACUAGAGGCUUUGCAAGCCAAGUGCAGAGAACAAAAUGAAAACAUUGAUAGGCUAAAAGUACAUCUAAAGGAAGCAGAAGAGAGGCUAGUAAACCUUGACACUAUGCAGAAAGCAGAGUCUGAAUGGAAGGUGGAAACCUUGAAAUUUAAGCAGAAACUUGAGGCAGCUGAAGGGCAAGUUAAAAAUCUUGAGGCUGAAAAGCUUGCAGAAAGUAGAAAGGCAAAUGAAUUAAAAAAAGAGUUGAUGGAGCAUAGUGAAAAGUUUGCUGCCCUUGAGGACAAUUUAAAGUCAUUGGUUCAGGUUAAAGAAUCUUAUGAAAAGGAAAUGGAAGAAUUGAAAAAAUCUAUUAAUUCCUCUACAGAAGACACAAAGAUUCUUCAAAAAGCUAUGCAAGAAGCAGCGAAUAAACUAAAUGAGAAAGAACACCAGUGCAUAGAAUUUACCAAAAGGCUGGAACAUUUGGCGCCUCAGUGUGCUGUGCUGGAGAAGAAGGUGAAAGAAGGUGAUGAGAAACAAGAAAACUUACUGAAGGCAAAAGCGAAGUUAGAAAAUCAAAUAGAGGAAAUGAUUCAGUCAUCAGGAGAUAGCUCUGUUCAGCUUUCAGUAUUGAAUGAAGAACUACAGUCUAGGGAAAGAAGUUUAGCAGACCUGCAGACAGAACUGUCAAAAUCCAGAGAAACCGUGAAACAGCUACAAGUGGAUAUUGAGCAGUUGAAAUCUGAAGCCAAACUUUCCUCCGUGAAGGCACAAGAGUCACAUCAGUUGGCAAUAAAGGCUAUUACUUCUGAAAUGGAAGACGUGAAAUUAACUGUUGAAAAGGUUCAAGGUAAAAAUAGAGAAAUGCAGGCACUUCAUGAAAAAUCGAUAGCAGACUUAGUUUGCCAACAUGAAGCUGCUAUCAGUGAGCUCAAACAAAACCUGCAGGCUAAAGAGGACUUGUGGAAAACUGCCCAGACCACACAUAAUAGUAUGGUCAAACAAAUGGAGGAGCUGCAACAGCAAGCAGAACAUGCCAAGUCUUUAACCUAUGUGUUAGAAUCCAAAAAGCAAGAGGUUGAACUGAUAACAGAAGAGAUGAGGGUUUUGAAAGUGGAAAAGGACAUACUGGCCCAGGAGGCAGAUGCAUUAAAGCUAGGAAAGGAUUCACUGCUUUCAAAGAUUGUAGACUUUGAAUCUUGUGUUAAUGUGCUCCAGCAAGAGCAAAUCAGGCUUUUGUCUCUCAAUGAAGAGCUUAAAGCUGCAAAAGACAGCCUUAAAUGUGAGAAACAAGAUCUUGAACAAAAAUGCACUGAGUUAAAUAGUGACUCUCAGACAUUAGCAUCUGAAAAAGAACAACUGAUAGCUGAACUGGGUAACGCUAAAGAUGAGCUUCUGAAGAUGAGUUUGGACUGUGAAGGCUUACAGUCUUCUGUUAAUGAAAUGGAUGCUAAAAUGAAAGAACUUCAGACAGAUAAGGAUUUACUUCAAAGCAAGAAUCGGGAAAUCCAGGAGCACCAGAUGAGUGCUACUGAAGAAAAUAUGGUUCUUGCAAGGGAAAAAGAUGAGAUGAUUCACAUGCUGAAAAACACCACAGAAGAUCUGACGAGCAAGCAGAAAGCUCUAAAAGAAGAAAUAGAUGAUCUAGAAGCAGGUAAACAAUUUGCAUCAGAUCAAUAUUUAGAACUGCAGAGCAAGUUAGGUGCUGUAAUUGAUGAGAAGGAGAAGCUGAUCAAAACUAUUACAGAUGCAAAAUCUGAAAUGGAAGAUCUUCUAAUAAAGCAAAACCAGUUAAAUACAGAGAUAGAAAAUGUGCUUCAAGAAAAAGAAAAGUUAGCAUUAAAAUAUAAUUCUAUGGAAAGUGAACUGAUGGAAAUCAAAUCUCAACUGGACAAAUCCAUCCAAGAAAACCUAGAUCUUACAAACCGAAGAGAUGAAUUGCUUCAAGCAUGUGCUUUGAAUGAAAAAGACAAACAUAAAUUGGAGGAAUAUGAAAAGGAAGUCAUAGCUCAUAACAUCUCAAUUAAGGAAAAAGAUGAAAUAAUUCAAACCCUUACUUGGUCCAAGGAAGACCUGGAAAGGAAAGAAACUGACCUGAUGUAUGAAAUAUCUACUGCUAAAAAAGAAAAUGAGAGCAUUCUAAAUAGAAAUGUAGAAUAUGAAAAUACAUUUUCUGUUUUAAGCAUUCAGAAUGAGGCUUUAGUAAGAACAAAUGCAGCUCUUACUUCUGAAAAGGAAGAACUCACAUUACAACAAAAUGAAUUAAAUGAAAAAGUAAGGGAAUUACUUACAGAGAAAGAUGAAAUGAUUAUAAAUUGCAGUGAGUUGACAAAACAAUUAGCAUUAGUUAGAAAAGAACUUCACAACUCAGAAAAAGAUAAUGAAGAACUUCAACUCUCCAAGAAAAGUCUAAUAAUGUUACUUGAAGAAAUUAAGACCAGUAGUAGUAUAUCUAAUUCUGAACGUGUUACGUUGCUACAAGAAAAGGAGAUGCUACUUUCAUCUGAGAGAAAGUUGACAAAUGAAAUAGGUGAUCUUUUAAAACAAAACAAUGAGCUUGUGGUUAAAUGUGAGAUGUGUUCAGAAGAGGCCAAGAUUGUCCAAGGCAAAAUGAUGGAUGAGAUAAAUAACUUAAAAAAUGAAAAAAAUCUGAUAUCUCUGCAGGUGGCAGAUUUAGAAAACCAACUCGGGUCUAUGUCUGAAGAGCAAAAUGCUGUUAACGCAAUGAACACUGAGCUUCAGUCUAGAGAGCAAUUCAUUAUAAAUGAGCUUGCUAGCAUUAAAGCUAAGUUUGAAUGUUCAGAAUCCUCAAACCUUGUAUUGUCUCAGGAGAAAAGUCACCUGUUAGAAGAAAUUGAAUCUUUAAAGGUUAAUAUCACAGAAGCAAUGAAGAAAGUUGAUGAAUUGACCAAAACUAAUGAAAACCUUUCAUUAUUAGUGGAGCAAACCCAGAAAGACAAGACUGCUCUGGAAUUGGAUCACCAGGAUAACCUGACGGAGAAACAGUCUUUGCUUGAGAAAUAUGAUAAGUGUUGCAUUGACAUAGAUUUGUUGACAAAAGAUAGAGAUGACUUGCAAGAAAAAUGUAAUGAACUUUAUACAGGCUUUACAAAAUUUGAGCAAAGGCUAGCUGAAGAGAGACAAAUGUUUAUAUGUCAAACAGAUGGUCUACAGUUAAAAUGUACAGAACUUCAAACAAGCUUAGAUAAUGUGGUGGAAGAAAAGGAACAGCUAUUACUACAAAAUAAGGAGCAUCAGUGUAAGUAUGACAAACUUCUAGAGCAGAAGGAGAAUCUAGACCAUCUCUUGCACACCCUUGCCCAGGAAAAGGUGAGAUUAGAACUGCAGAACAGUAAUCUUUCAUCUAACUUGGAAGAGCUUAAUAAUGAUUUUGUUUCCUUAACAAAAUCAAAAGAAGAGCUUCAAGACUUGUAUAAGAGUGCUUCUAACACAUUGGAAGAGCUUUGUUGUCGGCACAAAUUCAACGAAAAGGAAAUAGAAAAACUAAGUCAGGAGAGGUCUCAUUUGUUAUCUGCACAAGAAAACCUGGAAUGCACAAACUUAACCAUUUUAAAAGAAAAACAAGAUGUCAUCGAGACCUGUGGCAGACUCUCCGAUGAAGUAGUCGCACUAACCACAAGCAACCAUGAAGUGUCGGGACUUGUUGAACAGUUAGAAAUCCAAUGUCAGGCAUUACAGAGGGAAAAAGAGGAGUUGGUGUUGAGGUUUAAUGCACUGCAGGCUCAACAGAACAGCAAGGAAGCCCAAAUACAUGAGGUUUCUCAGAUUGCAGAAGAAUCUUAUAAAAAGAUUGAGCAGAUAACUGCGGAGAAAAAUGCACUAGUCAAAGAAAGGACGGAGUCUGUCUCUACGAUGGAAGAGCUGAAGAAACGUCACUCAGAACUGCAGAAAGAACUGGAUUGCCUUAAAGAACAGCAAGCAUCAGCUGCAGAACAGACAAGCAAGACUAAUGGGCUUCUGAAAGGAGAAUGUUUGAAAACAGAAGCUCUUAAGAAAGAAUUGGAAGAGCUGAGGCAGGCAGCAGAGCAUAAGUCCCAGCAGUUAGCAGCUCUGCAGGAGGAGAACCUCAAACUUGCAGAGGAGCUUGGAAGGAGCAAAGAGGAAGUCUCAACUAACCAAAAGCUGGAAGAGGAGAGGUCCGUAUUAAAUAAUCAGCUGCUAGAGAUGAAAAAAAGCUUACCCAGUAACACAGUAAGAGAAUGUAUUCUAAAGACAGAGUUUGAUGAAGAGAAGACGUCUCUACAGAAAUCUCUCACGAGUACCAGUGCCUUGAUCACUGAGAAGGACAGAGAACUGGAAAGACUGAGAAAGGAGGUGACAUUACUACGGGGAGAAAAUGAGUCAGCAAGAACUUUACAGCUGGCAGUGAAGUCACUGGAGACGGAAAAACUUAAGUUGGAGCAAAAAGUGCACAACUUGGAGAAGGAACUGAAUGAGAACAAGACACAGCUUAACAACUUAUCAAACUCCUCAGGUGAUGCAUCCUUCAAUAGCCAGUACCAGGAUGAUUGCGCUUCCAUGAAAAGCCAGAUCGAUUUUCUCAAUACAGUCAUAGUUGAUCUUCAAAGGAAAAAUGAUGAUUUAAAAGAUAAGAUUGACAAAAUGGUUGAAGCAUCACUUAAUGUCAACAAUGUGGAUGAAAUGGAGAAUUAUGACAGCUUAAAUGGUACUCAAGCCAAGAAGAAAGUGCCCCCUCGUCUGUUCUGCGAUAUCUGUGACUGUUUUGAUCUCCACGACACAGAAGAUUGUCCAACACAGGCCCAGUUGCCUGACUUACCUCAUUCCAACUUCCAUGGUAACAGAAAAGAGGAACGACCAUAUUGUGACAUCUGUGAGGUAUUUGGGCACUGGACAAACAGCUGCAAUGAUGAUGAGACCUUUUAAUAUGAAAAGUCUACAGUACCUGAUCGUCUUGAUGCGGGAUAUAUCAUCCACACCAGCAUUCUCGUGCACAUGCUUCCAGAAACUCUCUGCACACAUUUACUACAGUACUACUUCAUUUGCAAUGCAUGUGGUUUCCCUCUGUUGGCUAAACUGGGGCUGUCACUGUAAACCAAUGAAUUGUGUGCUCAGCUUUGCUUCAUCACACCGUUAUAAGGGCUUGCAAAGUGAUUGGAUCUAAUGAGUGAAACCUCAUCUAAUCUUAGCCUCUGUUUUAACAAUUCACCAGAUGUCAGUACAUGUAUAUUAUUCUUCAGUUCUAUAUUUGCACUACUGUAUUUACAUUUGUACAUUUAAAUGCCUUCUGCCCAUGACACUGGAUGUAAUUUACAUAUCAGGCUUUCAUUUUAUUUUUCCACUAACAUAAAAUGUGGUGAAGAAAUAGAAGAAAAAUACAGGUUUAACCAAUGAUAAAAAUGCUUACAGUUGCACAUAAAAUCUAAACCAAUGAAAAUCAAUGCUGUUAAGAAAGGCGAACCAUGGGAAAAGUACCUAACAUAUCUACCAUGACACAAUCGGUAUCUUGUGGUGUGGGGUGUAAUGGUAACAUUCUGCUGACACUUCUAUGCAUCGAGUAAAAACAUACGAACUACAGGUUUGUUUUUUUAACAGUAUUGAUAGUGCUAAUUAUACAGUGUAAAACCAUAAUGAACUGUCAAUGUUUUAUUGGUAUUCGCUCUCAGUAGAGCUCACUUUAUAAAUCUGAGUAUUGAGUAUUACUGCCACUCUGUUUUACUUGACUGGGAUAUUUAACAAACAAAAUAUAAGACAUUUAACCACCAUCUUGUAUGAAAACUCAAGUGUAUCUAUGGGUAUGUCUAUGGGUCAAAUGAAUGCUUGACCAUUCAAGAUCUGAAAAGAAACUUGUAUAGUUUUAAUCCUUUUUUAUUGUCGCCUUUAUCAAACUAUGGUACAGUGUGACGUCUUUUUUAAUGACAUGCUGCUGACUGUUCUCAGCUGGGCAGUUUUAAUACUGACCACCUGUAGACGUAAAUCUUUAGACCUCUCACAAGCUGCGAGCCUUUACUCCUCUUUCUUUUGUCCGAAAAGCCUUAGUUCUGUUUGUGUCUUGGACGUCCUCUAAAACCCAACCUAUAUCACAAACCAUAUCUCCGAAUACUAUUUUUACAUUUGUAAUUAAACAUUGGAUUUUUAUAGCCUAACCAUUCUUUAAAUAAUAUAAACUACUGCAGUAUUUCUUUUUCCAUGUUUCUUCUAUUUUUCUUGAAUAAAUUAGCCCCUCCUUCCACUUGUAACAAAAUUGAAAUAUGAAUAUUCGUAAUAACUUUUUUCGACACCUUAUAUUGUACAAAUUUGUUUAUAGAAUGUUACUAAGUUAAUAAUAAAUUAGAUUGACAAAGAAAUCUGUUUGAAUAUGUAUAUGAAUUGGUUGUUGCAUUAGUGUAUAGUAGAGGAAUGAAUGAUGUAAAUAUACAUAUUCUCUCAAAAUAAAGGUUUAAAAAGUGAAUAAAAAAAAAAAGUUUCUAUCAAUAUAAUGUAUUAAUAUCCAGUACAUAUUUAUUGUCCAUGUAAUACGUUUGUUCUUAAGUGGGUUUUCUUAUAUUGAGAAUUCUGUACCUGGCUUUCCAUGGAUGGGUUUGUAAUUGGCUGUUAAAAGCUGAAUUAACUUAGCAAAUUUGCUGAUAUUUUGUGUAAUAUAAAAAUACAGGUAUAAUUUGUCAAAAAAUCUGUAGACCUCUUUUUGAAAGGCAAAAAAUGCAUCUUAAAAAAUAAAUAAAUAAAAAUCACAAAA